UCUUUCUGGAGAGCAAUAGGUACAGAAGAGGAGGGAAAGAGCCUUGGAGGGAGCACACUACAGACAACACGACAGCAGCUUCAGGCUACAGCGUUCCACUGAUCGAGGACCAAAAUGGAUGUUUUCAUGAAAGGAUUGUCCAAAGCGAAGGAAGGAGUGGCUGCUGCAGCUGAGAAAACCAAACAGGGUGUAGCAGAAGCGGCAGAGAAGACUAAAGAGGGAGUGCUAUAUGUUGGAUCCAAAACCAAAGAAGGUGUUUCAAGUGUCGUUUCAGUGGCGGAGAAGACAAAGGAGCAGGCCUCUUUGGUGGGUGGUGCUGUUAUCACUGGGGUCUCAGCUGUGGCUCAGAAAACAGUGGAUGGAGCUGGGAACAUCGCAGCAGCCACCGGUCUGGUGAAAAAGGAAGAUUUCCCAUCUGAAAUAAAGCCUGAAGAGGUUGGGGAAGAAGCUGUUGAAAUCAUAGGAGAAAGUACAAUGGAAUCAGAAGGCGAAGUUGAACCUGAAACUUAUGAAGAGGCUCCACAGGGGGAGUAUCAAGAAUACGAACCAGAGGCAUGAAGCACAAUGUGACGAACAAGAUAAAAAAAGAGAUUCGUAUAAAAUAAUUACUGUAAUUGUCUUCUAUUGAUGCAAUGAUUCCUUAACUUUUGUUAUUUUGUUAUACCAUGUAAAAGAACCCUUUGUUAGCCAUACUGAUAUUAUACAAUUUUAUCUGCCAUGGCUCAUUUCACUGAAUCCCUCCCACUGAAAUGGGACCUUGACUUUGUAGAGAUGGCAUUGUUUUCAAACUGUUUCUAUGUGUGAUUUUGUGUUUUGAAAAAGGACCAAUGUUAUUGCAAAUUUCAAGUCUGAAUUUUAAAUUAGAUAGCUGUCUGGCUGUACAUUGCUUGUAUGUGACUAGGUGUUUCAUAUUAACUGAAUUUUUAUACAUUGUGUCACUUCAAUGUUGUUUGUUGUAACCAUCAAAUGGGAACUGAGUAAAAUGUUUAAUAUUCCCAAUUGUAGCAUAAAUGUGUCCAGGUGAGUCCCAAUUCAAGCAAAUUGAACAGGGAAGUGUCUUUAUGCUGAGAAUGAUUACCUGUAAAUAAAGUGCUAGGACCACAUUACAUUAGUUUCUGCAAUGUUUCUAGACUUUUACAAAGAAAAAACAAGGAAGCUGCUUAUCAAUUACAUAUCAAGUGACUUUAUAUUUUACACUUCUAGGUUGGAUGAAUUGCUUAACGUUUGCUACGUUCAUCAUAGUAACAGUGAAAAUGAAUUGAUAGCACAAAUCAAACAUUAAAUGGUACUUUAAACAGUAAACGGUAAUUUGCUGGUGCAAAACGUCUGCUUAAUUAGUCCAAGUAAUUACUCUCCACCAGUAAUAAAAUUUUGGCAAAAAGCAAUCAGCACUGAAUUAAAUGCCACAGCAGGAGAAUCAAUCUGCAGAGGGAGAAAGUUCAACAAUUGAAUGGGCUCAUCUGAUCCCAGACUUUUAUUUUAUUAUUAACAUAAAUCAAACUGUGAAUUUUACUAGUGUUAUUGUUGACCGAUAUAGAACAUAAAAUGUAAUUUUAGCAAUG